AUGUCGAAGCCUAAGAGACCGCCCGCCUCUCGCGCUCCGCCGCGCCGAGAUGUUUUGGCGUCGCUUAAAAUGGCUUCCAUGGAGAUCCUUGUACCGGUCUUACCUGCAGAAUUGAUGUCGCAGGUACUGGAUUAUGUCGAUCCGCCAGAUCUCAUCCGUGUUGCGCAAACUUCGAAACGUAUGCGCGAAAUGGUCUACGAGGACGCUAGAUGGAUAGCAAGGUUGAAGCGAAUGGGCUGCUGGAAUGAAGAGGAGGCGAGGCAAAAUGCAGAGAAACCGAUGUCGCCUACAACACCUGCAACUGGAUAUGGGAGACGAUCAAGUGUUUAUAAGAACCCGACAGAUGGGUUCGAUACGAUACCUGUAUCGUCUGGCGCAACAAAAGAGACAGAAAUUCCAAUUCACGAGGAUGAGACACUCGACAUUUUGCGCCGUGUCAAAUCACUACGCGGAAAUGCGCGUCAAGAAUACGGCAAGGUCCAUGCUGUUUUGGCGCCUUUGUAUAAUGACAUCGCAAAGAGUGGAGGAUCUACAGAUAGCCUGGUGUUUAGGCGGUAUACCGAUCCAGAAAGUCAGGCUAAGAUGCUCGCUCAAAUUGUGAAAUUCGCCAACAGCGACACUUCAGACGGAUGGGCUCAUCGAGAAGCAUGUCUUCAGGAAGCGAUACAACUAUUUGAAACAGCCGCAAUCCGUGAGUUUCGGAAUGCAUACGAAGCAUCAGAUGUCAAUGGGGAAAUGCGCAAAUAUACACACGUUUUGUGGUACCUCAAUGGUGGACAGUCUGCAGUCGAUCUUUUCCUCCAUCACAAUCACAUCAUCACAAGGAAGUCCGAGCUCGGGAGAGUCCAAGAUUGUAUAGACACGGAAACUUUGGAAGUUAAAGUGGAGCAUACUCAAGCAUUUUUUACGCGAUUUGGAGUCGCAUAUAACAAGGAAAUUGAGGCCAUUAAUGGCGCAUUCCCGAAAGAUUUAGACGUUGCUCUGCCUUUCCUUGACAAAGCCAGUGUUGACGUGGUCUCACCUUUUUUAACAGGCCUGUUUGACGAACUACACCAAAGCAAUAUCGAGAGUUAUCUUAAAGCCGUUUCUGGAACAUUUGCUCAAUGUUUCAACCUGUUCUCAGACCUCGAAAUUCCUCUUGCAUCUGGAGUGAGCAAGGAAAACGCUAUAGCGCGCGUCAUGGCUCAAAUAUUUGAGCCUCAUUUAGAUCUUUAUCUUGCUGAAGAGCUCGACUUCUUCCGUAAAGGGUGCGAUGCCACUGUCGAGGACUGGGAUCGGCAACUGUCUGAACAAGCGGCAUCGACAGAAUCGUUUCUCAUGUCCAACGUGAACCGGCAAGCCGCCAAGAAUGACUUUUUAACGUCAUUCAAGAAAGUGCUCAUGGCGCCCGUUACUAUAUUACCUCUACCGUCCUUCUCUAGCAAGACUCAGCGAAGUGCAGUUCCUGAGACUGAGAACGCAGCAUCGCAUAACAAGAAUACGGCACGAUUCUCGACCUUUUCUCCUCCUACACCUGCCACUCCGUUGCCAGAGGCACCCUCAGAUGAAUUGGCUGCAAAAGCUGCUUUGAUGAAUUCCAGACUGGAAGGUAUUAAAUCCUUAUUCAGUAUAGAAGUUGCCCUCGGAUUAGUUCAUGCGGCAAAGACCAGCCUCGAGCGUACUGUUCAAUUCGUGAAGCUAGGGGGCGAUUGGGGCAAUACGGCAAAACUGCAAUGUGAAGGGAUAUUUAUCUCACUUCUCGAAAUCCUUGGACAUCGACAUGUCAUUAAAGGGUUUACCAAAGCUGUUGAUCAUUUAUCAAACUACCGACCGCGCGAGCAAGGUGAACGAGACAAAAACGGAGUAGAACCUUUAGUAACGUUUCUUGAGCUUGUAAACGUCGGCGAUCUUAUAUUACAAAUGAUGGAUGUCUUUUACGAACAAGAACUCAUCGGCGCAAAACUUAUCGAUCGCAGCGACUUUCUCGACCCAGCUGCAAAAGGCAAGAAGAAAUUCGAGCAAAGACUCGAUGAAUGUGUGGCUUCUGGCUUGAAUAAGGGUAUUGAUGUGCUCAUGGAGGAGGUAGACUAUAUUCUCGCCACAAAACAAUUGACAACUGAUUAUAAUCCGGAAGCCGAUAUUGACGCCGGGAAAAAAAUGCCCGACAUCAGUGUUAGCGAUGCUGCAAUCGGCGUGAUUGAUGUUGUUUCAUCGCACACCUCCAUGCUUAUCGGUAGCACGGAUAAAAGCACACUUGAUGUGUUCAAUCAAGAAGUUGGACUCAGGCUUUUUGCAGCUAUUUGCAAGCAUCUCAAACGCCAACGGAUCAGCGUUGACGGAUCACUCAAACUGAUCAGUGAUAUGAACCAUUACUUCAAAUUUAUUCAAAACCUAAAGAAUAACGAACUGCUCCUCUACUUCAAAGCUCUCCGAGAACUAUCACAGAUCUAUCUCAUUGACCCAUCCGAUGCCAAAGAACUGGCAUUCGUUAUCGCCGAUAACGAUCGAUUCUAUGGCAUUUUCCGUGCCGAGGAAGUAUAUGAAUUUGCUGAACGGCGUGCAGAUUGGUUUCAGGUUCGACGCGAUGUUGAGCGAGCCAUGUAUGGCUUGGAAUGUAGUUUGAUGUGAUGUGAUGAUGUUUCAUGACGGCGGCCUCGAUCUUCUCCAUGUAUAUGUAUAUACAUAUUUCCGCAUAUAACUAGCACGUAUCCUAGACGCCGAUUACGAAUAUUGUGGAUACAACUCCGUCUCGAUGUUGGCGUGAUGUUGGUUUGUUUUCUAAGCAGCGUCCGUGGUUGAUUGAAUCUUCGCUUAAAUCCUUGGAGCUAUAUACAUACUACGAUGAUACAACAGAUGUAUCUCGUUUUACUAUUUACCUGGAGAAUUGCUGGUAACUCGGCGUUACAGAGAUGUCAGAAAUCAUUCUUA